AUGGUAGACGAUGCCCAGGGAGAACUGCAGACAGUGCCUUCCUCACAUCUUCCCGGACUUGUGGAAGUAAAGAUCAAGGCAUCACCAACCACUAGGAAGCGUACCAGAAAGGACAACCUUGGUGAAGAAAGGCCUAAGAAACGCGUUAAAAUCAAGGAGUUCACGUCUACAGCUGAGCAUGACCCUCUGAAUACGAACGGAAGCGUUGAAGGAAACCCGAAAAAGAGAGGGCGUUCUUCAAAGGCUUCACUAACCGGAAAAGGUCCAGCUACAUACGCCGAACUCGAUGAUUCGGAUGAGAAUGACGACAGGGAAACCCCGAAAAAGAAGAAGCGUUCUUCGAAAGUUUUGCUGAAAGAUUCGGUAGCUGGAUCGGCAACCAAUUCACCUAAAAAAGAGCCAGCCGAACCAGGCCAAACCAAGAAGCGAGGAAGGCCAGCUAAGAGUGUAGCUGAGGUAGGAAACAAUAAGCCAAAAGAGUCGCCUAAGAAGAAAGGAAAAGGAACGAAAGGAAAUGAAACGAAGGAGCAACCUAGAAUAUGGUUUGGUAGUGAAGCCGAGUUACGUUCAACAUUACCGGAACUUACUGGGUCGACUUGUAUCAAUGGUCUUUCUUGGGAGUACUAUCAGACACCGAUUCUUUUGCUCGACGAUGCAAAUAAGGCAUUUCAAGUUACGCAUGACGAUGCGGAUGUGGGGUUUGUUGACCUCGUUACGACUCGUUCAUUUGUCCACGGCACUCCCAAGAAACCGCAGACAAAUAUAAUUACAGACCCAACUCCUACUCAUUCAACUCCUAAAGAAAAGCCAAUCGUACAUGAGCUUCCUCAGCCUACUCAGGAUAUCUCAAUCCCUACGCCUAUACCAGAAACUGAACCUACUGCGAUAAUCAUCAAAAAAGAGGAGGAAUUGUAUCGAUUUAGCAUGGAACCCGAUGGAAUGACGAGUAUGGAUGUAUCGAUGGAUCAAUCACAAUGUAUCCCGGCACAGAAAAUACACCCUGGGUCUACAGAAGAGUCCGAACCGCCACUUCCGUCACUUUCACCGAGGCCAGCCCAUUCUGUUCAUGUCGCCCCACAAGUAUACCAUCAUAAUUAUGUAUUGAACUCAAACCCCCAUAUCCAACUGAAUGCUUGCCAUGACACCCCAUGGCCAGGGAUUCCAAUGACGCCUUACCAAAAAUUGCCGUUGACAAUGCCGACUGACGAACCACAAUCUUCUGGGCGAAUCAAAUUCACCGAUGCGCCAUUACCAAUGUACACCUCAUCCACCUCUUCUUCCUUGAAAUCGAACCCGUAUAAAGCGCUUGCUACCAGUUCAAAUCACUGGGGCAUACCCUUUCAAUCAGGGAUAAUGCCAUAUGGACAAUUUUCGCCGAUGACACCUCCAGCAGGACGCGUAUGGAUUCCUUUACAUAACACACCCGUUCAAAGUUUGUAUCCUAUAACAACGGCUGGGCAGGUGCCACCUGGCGAAGACAAGUCCCAGGCUUCACUACCUCGACCUUUACCACUUCCAUCGACCUCUCUAAAGCAAGUACCCCGAAAUGUUGCAGGAGACCAAGCUACAGUUUCUUUGCCGCAGAAUGAAGGACAUGGCCUCACGAAAUCUGGCCAGGAUUUGGAGUCGAAUCCUCCAAUAAAUUUACCUGGUGGUGUUAAAGUGUCUGCUCCAGACACAAAGACUGUGCACGAACCAAUAAACACCGAUGUUGAGAUAGAUGGUGGCUUAAUACCCGAAGUCGGAUCUGAAGAACCUCUUCUCAGCGAGCUCAUUGAGGAACCUGCCCAGGAGGUUUUUGGUACAAUUAGGGGUCAGAGUUGUGGUGGUCAUUCGCAUCAGGAGGAUGCCCAGGAAGUAGCAGAGAAUGGAGCAGAGCCAUCCCAAAAAACUUGUUCUAAGCAUCCCCCUGAAUCUUCUCAAGAAACCCAAGCUGCUAUUGCCCCUGAAGGUUCUCGAGCCGCUGCUUCUGUCCAGGCGUCUGUAGCCGACAAAUCCCCCAUUUCUGAACAGAUAUCGGAACCCAUAUUGACGGUAGAAGCUGGAGAAACGUCUGAAACGGCUAAUCAAACAUCGGAUACUCUGCAAAAUGAUCCUCUCGUCAUUCCUACAACUUUACCUACAGAAGUUCAGAUGAUCAUUGACUGCUACAUUUCUGGGACACCACUUACACUAAUUGCAUCGUAUGGACACCUCCUGAAUCGGUGGUCGCUGCGCUUGAAGAGGGAUGCAGCAUAUGCUAUGAUGGGAUAUUUCAGGAUCGUUGGUAUACAGGAAACUCUUCUGGAACCCAGUGACGGUGAUCGACAACAAGGAGAGCAACAAUCAGUAUCUGGUCAAGUCAAAUGGCUUUUCCGUCUGCAAUGGCGUCCCGGUGGCGAGGAAUUCAUCAUGCCGGACACAGAUCCGCUGACGUUGGAAUACCCAUGGUGGGUUCAGCGUCUAGAUUUGAACAAGGACGAGAAAACCGAACUGGAGGAACAAAACUCACCCGACAAAGAGUCUCUAGCAGAAGCUACUCAGACACCUUCAGACCCCGAAGAUGAUUAUCCUACCACCCCUAAAUAUCGACAGGCUCGAGUUACGAACCACGAGUACGAAUUCCGACACGAUCAUUAUCGUCUUAUCUAUGAAAGUUUGCUACCGAUUUCACUUCUGGCUCCGUUUGGACCGUUUGUUUUGGAUAGUGGAUUUCCUCGAGGUUGGCUUUGCGCCAAUUGUGGAAGGGUAAAUUACCAGGCAGCAUUAAGGCACAGAAUAUGCGGCAGUUCGUCGUGUAAGGAUAAGCCACCAUCAGCGGAACCCUACAAGGUUGAGUUGUUCUCUAUGAGAGACCCUCAAGACCGGCUUCCGAUAGCUCAACCAUACGACAUUUGGCCUAAGUCUGUCGAACCCAAGGUUAUAAGGCAUGAAAAUGGAGUCCAAACAAUAACCUACCCACUUGAUGAUAGUGGUACAGCAAGUAUCAAACAUGUUUUUCUUGGAAAUUUUGAAGAAUUACAGAAACAAGCGACUACCUUACUAGAUAAGAUUCAGUUGCAGGUUGAAUUGAAACGGCCUUUCAAUGAUAGUUCCAAGGCACCAAAGACGAUGCAAGACCCAACAACGGAGGCAUGGCCCAAGGUACCUGAUUGCAUAAAUGAAGCCAAGGCUUCGCUCUCCUCCGCCCGGUUCUUAUUCGGCCUUGAAGACUCGCGUAUCUCCGUCAACCGACUAACGGUGCUUGCAUGGAUCACUGCAGGGGUUAGAAAGGGCCCAGAAAUUCUAAGAGCGAAGGAGAAGUGUGUCGUCAUUGUCGCUUUUGGCUGCGAUAUUGUCAUGACGUUGACUUCUCGGUCCAUUGAGUCACUAUCUGCUGCACAAAAAUUGCCCAAAAUAAAUGGCGACAGUUCUGGAAAUUUGAUUAGUGACCUCACGCACAGCGUCAAUUUGGAUGAACCGACUGUUCAAGCACCCGCCACUUUACCAAAGGUCAAAAAAUCUAUCAAGGCCGCAAAGUCAUCAUUGACCUUAUAUCUUGUCCACGGAGACUGCGUAGUCCUCGAUGGAGACGACUUUGAGUACUCUAUCAAGCGAGACGGAACUUCAUUCCUUCUAAUAUGUGGUGGAACAGAUUGGCCUAAACUUGGUCGCAAGGACCGUGGCGGAGCAUCUGGAGGUGAACAUGUGGAACGGGAAAAUCCCGACCUGCUGGAACCAUUCCUCCUCCGCUCUCUCCUCAAUGUCAAAGCCGUGUCCGCAUAUACUUCCUGCGCUGGAUGCCACUUCGUUGUUCUCGAUAUAGAAGGAAACGCCUGGUUGUUUGGUCGCAACGGGUUUGGUUGCCUUGGGGUACCCGACGUUGAAUACAUCUCAGAGAACGCACCACGGCUAGUCAAAGCGACGGAUUUGGGAGCACCAAAAGGUACAAAGUUCGUGCAUGCGGCAUGCGGCAGGAACCAUACCUUGCUGGUUGGGAGUGACGGUACUGUGUGGGCAGCGGGACAAAACAAUUUGGGUCAGUGUGGCCAAUCUAUAUGCCCCGAGGUGUCUUCUUUCCAGUCCGUAUCGGUUUCGCAUGGCGGCAAGAAAGAACACGUCAUUCAAGCUUCCGCUGGGAUUACCUUUUCAAUCGUCCUCACCAAGUCGGGGAAAGUUUUCUCAUUCGGAAGUGCUGAGAAGGGCCAGCUUGGAAAUGGUACCACAGGAGAGCGCAUUACCACCGGAAAUAAGACGUCGUAUGACAUUGAGACUCAACCUGUCUAUGUUAAGGAGCUAGACGGAAAGAAAAUUGUUCGGAUCGUCUCCGGUCAGCAGCACAGCUUGGCCCUUGAUUCGGCGGGCGUCGUCUAUGUUUGGGGUUAUAAUGGAUACUGCCGACUCGGGCUUGGGAACCAAGUAGACGUCCUGAAACCCAAAGUCGUCCCUCAGUUUGCAGGGCCAAACGAGAUGACCAUGGCUUGUGACAUCGUUGCUGGUCCAUCGAACAGUGUAGUCGUUGACAAUCAGAAAAUGUAUUGGAUGGCUGGCAAGUGGAAAAAUAGCGGUGAAGGUUCUUCUGGUUCUCCUUUUUCCACUUUCCGCUAUAUGCAAGAUAUCAUGACUUGUAAAGUCAUCUUGGCCCGAGCUGGGGGCGUCACUCACUGGUUGGUUACCCCUGAUGAUGAUGGUACUCCUAUGACAGUAUGUUGGGGACAAAAUGCCAAUAACGGUGAGCUUGGCCUGGGCCCGGAAGAACGGAAAAGUGCAAGCAAACCUACUAGAAACCUCAUGCUUGUCGGCAUUGAUGUAUUUGAUAUAGCCGCUGGUCAAAACACUACUGUUUUACUCGCUAAGCCUAACGAAAAGUUCUCUGAUAUGCCUCGUCACCCUGAAGAUGUAUCCCCCCCUUUACUCUGCGUGGGCUGCAACAAAGAUGAAGGAGAGGAUGACAAUCCUCUCGAAUGUGACAAAUGCGAUGCGCCUUGGCACUUGAAAUGCCUGAAUCCACCUCUUGACGCGGUUCCUGACGGCGAGUGGUUCUGUCCUGACUGUGAGGAUGACCCUGGUGCGCCUGUAGGAAAAUGGGCCGUCAAGAAGACCAAAACUGCGAAGCCCAAAGCGAAAAGAGCCGGCAGCCCUGCUUCCGAUGAUGGAAGUCAGGAUGGAGGUGUCAAAAGAAAAGAUCCACCUAAAACCAAAACUGGAGCUGCACCGGCCGCGAAGAAGAAAAAACAGUAA